AUGGGUUCUCUCGCGAAUGACCAAAACGGGGUCAUCCCUUACCAGGGCCUGCCGUAUUUCACACCAGCCAACAAUGGCGGGGCAGCAAUCAAGCCAGAAAGCCCGGCAACGCCAACUCUAUUCCGCCCACUCCAAAUUCGCCAGUUAGCGCUGAAAAACCGAAUCAUCGUCGCUCCCAUGUGCAUGUACUCGUGCCAAUCAGACCCAUCCUCGCCUUCUGUCGGAGCCUUGACGGACUAUCACGUUGCUCAUCUCGGUCACCUCGCUCUAAAGGGCGUAGGCCUGGUCAUUGUCGAGGCAACUGCUGUCCAGGCGAAUGGUCGUAUCUCACCCAACGAUUCGGGCCUUUGGCAAGAGGGCACAGAGUCGGAGCAAUUCAAGGGGCUUAAGCGUGUCGUUGACUUUGUUCAUAGUCAAGGUGCUAAGAUUGCGGUUCAGUUGGCUCAUGCGGGUCGCAAGGCGAGCAGCAUGCCGCCAUGGGUUGCCCAGGAGGCUGGGAAACGGAGUCUUCGAGCUGAUCAGACCGUCGGUGGCUGGCCGCAUGAUGUUGUCGGGCCAUCCGGUGGUGAUGAACAGAUCUGGGCACCCGGUGAUGGUUUCUGGGCUCCUCGAGAGCUGAGUACUGCAGAAGUGGAGGAUGUGGUGAAGGCAUUUGCUAAGAGUGCCGAGUUGGCUGUGAAAGCAGGUGUUGAUACGCUCGAAAUCCACGGCGCACAUGGCUAUCUGGUCAACCAAUUCCUGAGCCCGGUGACCAACAAGCGCACGGACAAAUACGGCGGCACAUUCGAGAACCGGACGAGGAUCCUUCGUGAGAUUUCGGCUGCUAUCCGUGCUGUUAUUCCGGAGGACAUGCCUUUAUUCCUGCGCAUCAGUGCGACGGAGUGGCUUGAGGACAAAUUCUCUGAAUCCUGGACCUUGGAGUCGUCUAUCAAGCUUGCUAAGAUUCUUCCAGAGAUUGGCAUUGACUUCCUCGAUGUCAGCUCUGGGGGUAAUCAUAAAGAUCAGGUACUCGAACCUCACACCAACUACCAGAUCGAUCUUGCGAGCCGCAUCCGGAAAGAAAUCCGGCAAUCCGGACAAAAGACCUUGAUUGGAGCAGUUGGAUUGAUCACGGAGGCAACUGCCGCAAGCCAGAUUGUGCAAGGGUCUGAUAUCGACGAGGCACAUACCGCUGAAUCGAUGGUCGCAGGAUCGGACGCCCAAGCUGAUGCUGUUCUAUUGGCUCGCCAGUUCCUUCGUGAAGCAGACUGGGUGUAUCGCGCGGCAAAGAGUUUGGGGGUCCCAAUCACUACCCCCAAGCAGCUGGGCCGAGCCGUCUGA